CCUCCUCCUCCUCCUCGGCCGCCGCCGCCGCCGCCAUGAACCCGGAGCGGGACUUCUCCCCGCUGACGCCCAGCAUCGUGCGCGCCCUCAACGACAAGCUCUACGAGAAGCGGAAGGUGGCGGCGCUCGAGAUCGAGAAGCUGGUGCGUGAAUUCGUGGCCCAGAACAGCGCGGCUCAGAUCCAGCACGUCAUCCAGAUCCUCUCGCAGGAGUUCGCGCUUUCCCAGCACCCGCACAGCCGGAAAGGGGGGCUCAUUGGCCUGGCCGCCUGCUCCAUCGCGCUGGGCAAGGACUCUGGGCUGUAUUUGAAGGAGCUCAUUGAGCCGGUGCUGACGUGCUUCAACGACGCUGACAGCCGCUUGCGAUACUAUGCCUGUGAGGCCCUGUACAACAUUGUGAAGGUGGCCAGGGGCGCCGUCCUGCCCCACUUCAACGUCUUGUUCGAUGGCCUGAGCAAGCUUGCUGCAGAUCCAGAUCCAAAUGUAAAAAGCGGCUCUGAACUCCUGGACCGGCUUCUGAAGGACAUUGUGACCGAAAGCAACAAAUUCGACCUGGUGAGCUUCAUCCCCCUGCUGCGCGAGAGAAUCUACUCCAACAACCAGCACGCUCGGCAGUUCAUCAUUUCCUGGAUCUUGGUGCUAGAGUCUGUUCCUGAUAUUAAUCUUCUGGAUUACCUGCCAGAGAUUCUAGAUGGCCUCUUCCAGAUUCUGGGUGAUAACAGCAAGGAGAUCCGUAAAAUGUGUGAAGUGGCCCUUGGUGAAUUUCUGAAAGAGAUCAAGAAGAACCCUUCCAAUGUCAAGUUUGCAGAGAUGGCCAACAUCCUGGUAAUCCAUUGCCAGGCCUCGGAUGAUCUUAUCCAGCUGACGGCCAUGUGCUGGAUGCGCGAAUUCAUCCAGCUGGCUGGCCGGGUCAUGCUGCCGUAUUCCUCAGGAAUCCUGACGGCCGUCCUGCCCUGCCUCUCCUACGAUGACCGCAAGAAGAGCAUCAAGGAAGUGGCCGGCGUGUGCAACCAGAGCCUGAUGAAACUGGUCACACUCGAAGAUGACGAAACGGACGAGGCCAAGCAGCCCCCAACUGCCCCCCGUUUGGAGGGGGAUCCCGAGGAAUCGCUCUCAAAGCAGGAGAUGGCCUCGAGUGGUGGCCUGGAUGCCUCCAGCGAUUCCAAUCUCAGCAGCACCAGCGUCUUUAUGGCAGCCAGCGCAGACAGAACCCAGGUGACCCUGAACCUGGAUGGAAUUGUCCAGGUCUUGGACUGUCACCUUCACGAUUCCACCAUUGGGAUGAUGACGCGCAUCGCGGUUCUGAAGUGGCUGUACCACCUGUACAUCAAGACGCCCCGCAAGAUGUUCCGGCACACGGACAGCCUGUUCCCCAUCUUAUUGAAGACCUUGUCCGAUGAAUCUGAUGAGGUGAUCCUCAAGGACCUUGAAGUCUUGGCAGAGAUUGCAUCCUCUCCAGCAGGCCAGACCGAACACCAAGGGCCAAAUGAUGGCUCCAGCGUGCGAUCCGGGCAACUGGAACUGCAGAUCCCCGCUCCGACCAAAACUGGCCAGGUUGGCGCCUCUGGUACCAAAGGCCUGGAGUGUUCUCCCUCGACUCCCACCAUGAAUUCCUAUUUCUACAAGUUCAUGAUCAACUUGCUCAAGAGAUUCAGCUGUGAGCGAAAACUGCUCGAAACCCGAGGAGCCUUCAUCAUCAGGCAACUGUGUCUGCUCCUGAACGCAGAGAACAUCUUCCACUCAAUGGCUGAUAUCCUGCUGCGAGAAGAGGACCUCAGGUUUGCCUCCACCAUGGUCCACACGCUCAACACGAUCCUCCUGACAUCUUCUGAGCUCUUCCAGCUGAGGAAUCAACUCAAGGAUCUGAAGACACCGGAAAGCCUCAACCUCUUCUGCUGUCUCUACCGUUCCUGGUGUCACAACCCCGUGACCACGGUGUCCCUCUGCUUCCUCACGCAGAAUUACAAGCAUGCCUACGACCUCAUCCAGAAGUUUGGUGACGUCGAGGUCACAGUUGAUUUCCUGAUCGAGGUUGACAAGUUGGUCCAACUGAUAGAGUGCCCAAUUUUUACAUAUCUCCGCCUGCAACUGCUGGACGUGAAGAACAACCCUUACCUCAUCAAGGCUCUGUAUGGCCUGCUGAUGCUGCUGCCUCAGAGCAGUGCCUUCCAGCUGCUCUCCCACCGGCUGCAGUGCGUGCCCAACCCAGAACUCAUGCAAGCCGCGGACCGCUCCAAGAACAGUGUCGCUUCAAAGACGGUGGCAGCCACCACAGCCACCGACUACGUGGAGCUGCUGCAACACUUUGAGAAGGUCCAGAGCAAACACCUCCAGGUGCGGCACCAGCGAACCACCCGGGGUGAUAACCUGGAGCGAAGAGGCAUCUUCUGAAGGCUGGACCCUGUGGGGCACAGAGGAGCUGGAGGGCAGGAGAGCCUGUGACCAGGCUGGGCUGAGGAGGGGUCCCUGGCCUCUAGCAACGGGCCGUCCACUUGCCCCAUCUGGGAGCCCUCUCCUGUUUUCCAGAUCAGGUUGGCUCCAAGGGCAGGGCAGGGCAGGGCAUAAGACGUUCUUGUCCAGCCUGGGCUGGAAGCCCUUGCCUCCACCGGUGUCUUCCCUUUGGACAGUCACCUGACGGCCACAGAAUUGCCAUAACCACUAGAGGCGGAGGGCGUGCGGGAAGACCUCUGGACUCUUCCUGCUCCGUGGCCUGGCCUGCAAAGACUCGCCCCCUCCUCACCUGGCCCUGCAGAGCGUGCACACUUGUCCGUGUGUUGGACACCUGUGAACAACAUCAGUACCCCCUCCCCCCCAAAAAAAUCAUGUGUAUGGAUUGCACAGCCUUAAUUUACAGCGACCCUGUGUGUGUGUGUGUGUAUGUAUAUAAAUAUUGAUCUCUAGACCUAUUGGGUUUGUAGCCUGAGAAUCUCUUUGUACUAUUGUAAAACAUCCCUUGUUGAAAUAAAAGGAUGGCAAGGCACCCCACAAA